AUGCUUUGCAGGCCUCGAAAUGCCGCUGUUUUCGCUGUUCAUGUUUUCAAAGCUUCUUCAAGAUUUCUCCAUUCCUCUUCUCCCCAAACUCACCCCAAUUUCCCAAUCCCACGCAGCAAUUCACCCCCUUCUCAUGUCAUUAACCCUUCCUCUCUUCUCUCUGAUCUUGUCUCUUGCUCCCACAGCGACAUGGCUGGCGUUUUGGCUCGUCACAAACGAGAAUUAACCUCCAACCUCGUUCUUGGCAUUUUGAGGGGCUACAAGCAACUGGGUAGGGCCAAAACCUUGAAAUUUUUCUCCUUGGCCGGGUCCCACAUGGGGUUUGACUUUGAUGAUUCCGUGGUUGAGUACAUGGCCGAUUUCUUGGGGAGAAGAAAGCUCUUUGACGACAUCAAAUGCUUGCUGACCACAGUGGCGUUUCACAAGGGUGGAGUGUCGCAUAAGGCAUUGGCCAUUUGCAUCAAGUUUUUGGGGAGACAAGGAAGAAUCAAGGAAGCACUGUCAUUGUUUGAGGAUAUGGAGACUGUGUUCAAGUGUAAGCCUGAUAACCUUGUGUGCAACAACAUGCUUUAUGUUCUCUGCAAGAGGGAAUCAUCUCUGGAGAUGAUUCAGCUUGCACAUUCAAUCUUUCACAAGAUUGAAACCCCUGAUACUUACUCCUGCAGUAACAUGAUUGUUGGGUUUUGUAAGUUUGGUAGAGUAGAGUCAGCCCUUGAGAUUUUCAAUCAAAUGGAGAAGAUUGGAGUGCUCCCUACUCGAUCUGCUGUUAAUAUGCUUAUUGGGGAGCUGUGUUUGACGAGUGCAAAAGAAGGAUCUGUUGAGAAGGUGAGAGUGAGGAACACUCGGAGACCAUAUACUAUAUUAGUUCCUAACAUGGGAGGAAACAGUGAUGCAAUGCAGCCUGCAGUUCAAGUGUUUUGGGCAGUUUCUAAGGCUGCAUUGUGUGAAUGUCACAAAGUGAAGGAAGCUAGUGAUUUGUUUGGGAGGAUGUUGAGCCUUGGCUUAAAGCUAAAGUUGGUUGUUUAUAACUCUGUUAUACUUAUGCUGUGUAAAUUGGGAAAGCUAAAGGAUGCUACCAGGGUUUUUGAAAUCAUGAACAAGAACAGGUGUCUUCUUGAUGAUUUAACCUACGCUGCUCUGAUCCAUGGUCAUGGUGAGGGUAAGAACUGGAAAGUUGUUUAUGAUUUACUGAUUGAAAUGUUGGGUUUGGGAUUGCUUCCAAAUUUUGACACUUACAACUUAGUGGAGAGUCUUUUGAGAGAACAUGGUAGGUUGGAUCUGUGUGUUAAAUUGGAUAGAAAAUUGGAGAACCAGAAGUUGCAGAAGUUGUGCAGAGGAGGUGAACUAGAUGCUGCUUAUGAGAAAGUGAAAUCAAUGCUGGAAAAGGGUAUUCCUUUGUCAGCUUAUGCCAGAGACAUUUUUGAACAGGUGUUUCAGAAGUGUGGCAAGCUAAAAAUAGCACGUCAGUUACUGGAGAAUACUGAAAGAGUUCAGAAGGCUGAGGAGAUUGACAAAACAUAA